UUAAAUUCUCCCGAACUGGGGCAGUCCCUUGCACUCUUACCGGCCAGUGUCGCCUCUCUGAACUCCCGGGGACACUUGUCAUCUGCUUUUGGUGGGUGAUGCUGUUGCUUAGUUGCAACUCCGAGGAGGAUGGCCUUAAGAAUUUGCUGGAGACAGGAGCUUCAGUCAACGCACCCCCAGAUCCCCAAGAGCAGUCGCCUGUUCACCUAGCUGCAGGUGGCGGCCUUGCUUGCUUUCUUCUCUGGCAGCUGCAAACAGGUGCUGACCUCAACCAACAGGAUGUUUUGGGAGAAACUCCCCUCCACAAGGCAGCGAAUGUUGGAAGCCUGGAAUGCCUUAGCCUCCUGGUGGCCAGUGAUGUCCAGAUUGAUGUAUGCAAUAAGAAUGGGCAAACAGCUAAAGAUCUUGCUUGGUCAUAUGGCUUUCCAGAAUGUGUCAGGUUUCUAACGAUGAUUAAACGUAUGCAGACAGCAAAAUCAUCAAGUGGGCAGCCCGAGCGGGACCCGCACACUCCUGUGCUGAGACAGAAGCGGAGUUUCAGAACUGUGGAGAGCCGGGUGUUGAAGAGAAAGUGUUGGUGUUUUGCCUGCAUCUCUGUGCAUGUUAUGCACUUCCUGUAG